AUGGCUUCAUCAGCCUCCUCUUGCAGUUCAUCAUCUGAGCAGAGUAAGAAAACAGGUGUUAGGCACAAUUCAACUUCUUUAGGAAGUUCAUCAUCUGAGCAGAGUAAGAAACCAGGUGUUAGGCACAAAUCAACUUCUUUGGGAAGUUCAUCAUCUAAACAGAGUAAGAAAACAGGUGUUAGGCACAAGUCAACUUCUUUGGGAAAUUCAUCAUCUGAGCACAGUAAGAAAACAGGUGUUAGACACAAUUCAACUUAUUUAGAAAGUUCAUCAUCUGAGCAGAGUAAGAAAACAGGUAUUAGGCACAAUUCAACUUCUUUAGGAAGUUCAUCAUCUAAGCAGCGAAGUUCAUCAUCUGAGCAGUGUAGGAAAACAGGUGUUAGACACAAUUCAACUUAUUUAGGAAGUUCAUCAUCUGAGCAGAGAAAGAAAAUAGGUGUUAGACACAAUUCAACUUGUUUAGGAAGUUCAUCAUCUAAGCAGAGUAGGAAAACAGGUGUUAGACACAAUUCAACUUAUUUAGGAAGUUCAUCAUCUGAGCAGAGAAGUUCAUCAUCUGAGCAGAGUAACAAAACAGGUGUUAGACACAAUUCUACUUAUUUAGGAAGUUCAUCAUCUGAGCAGAAAAGUUCAUCACAUGUGCAGAGUAAGAAAACAGGUGUUAGACACAAUUCAACUUAUUUAGGAAGUUCAUCAUCUGAGCAGAGUAAGAAAACAGGUGUUAGACACAAUCCUACUUCUUUAGGAAGUUCAUCAUCUGAGCAGAGUAAGAAAACAGAUGUUAGACAAAAUUCAACUUCUUUUGGAAGUUCAUCAUCUGAGCAGAGUAACAAAACAGGUGUUAGACACAAUUCUACUUCUUUAGGAAGUUCAUCAUCUGAGCAGAGUAAGAAAACAGAUGUUAGACACAAUUCAACUUCUUUUGGAAGUUCAUCAUCUGAGCAGAGUAACAAAACAGGUGUUAGACACAAUUCAACUUCUUUAGGAAGUUCAUCAUCUGAGCAGAGUAAGAAAACAGAUGUUAGACAAAAUUCAACUUCUUUUGGAAGUUCAUCAUCUGAGCAGAGUAAGAUUAGAACUGUUAGACACAAUUCAUCCUGUGACCAUGACUCUUUAAACAUGGUAAUGCAACUGCAAGCCUCUUCAUGA